AUGUCAACACAAAGCACCCAAGGGACCCAACAAUUCUAUACCAAACUCCUCCGGGCUGCCAGAAAACGUAACCCACACCCCCCAAAGAUCAGUUGAACAACUAACAGACCCUCCCACAGACACUUUCCAACUACGAUUAAUACUCUAUCUACUUUCCAUCUCAACACUUGUUUUAUUCAGUAAGUGAAUAAGAUCUAUUCAUCCCAGACUUCACAAGAUUAAGAGAAUAUCUGAAUAGCCAUCUCACUAUGCGGUUGUAUCUCAACGUCCCCAGGGAUACCGAACGUUUCCCCCGCUAGUUUAAAGGGAAAUGGAACGCAGGGGGAGAUUAGGAUUGGAUUCUUCGGUGAGUGUAGCCUAACUCUUGUAGAUUGUAUCACCUCUACAUUACCUUACAACAUCAACUUCAAACCCAAAGCCUAAACGCAAACGCAAACCAGAAAAACAAAAACUAACCCAAGCCCACCAGGACUCUGCCACCUCCCCCCCUCCAGAUCCCCCACCUGCGAAGCCUCGAUGACAAGCGAAUGUAUCGAAGACAUGUUCGUGAACACCCCUUCAGAUGCCAUUAUUAUGUACGAUGCAUGUGGUCCAGCUGGAUGCAGCUUAAGAAACCUUCCUACACCAAGAGCAGGAGGCGGCGUUACCGAAUUAAUAGCUGCAUGUGGCUUCAACAACAAUGCCACCGGUCCCGGUCCUAAUUCAUUCACACAGGCGCUUAUCGAGGUCCUCAGUUGCGCCUCAGACAACAAAAUUCGUCUCUCGGUCUCGCAAUUGUCUUUUCAGGUUUUAAGGAAAUUAAGAUCUAGACGAAAUGAUGGCUCACGCACGGCAACACCUGUUCAUUCAACUUUGAGAUCCGAUGAAAAUGGUCGGCAAAUCUUUCUACAUCCGCUAUCUUAUGUUAAUGAACAUCAGGUUUCACAACAACUAGCGCCUCUACGAUUUUGGGAAUCACCUUCAAAUUUUGUCAUAUCUUUCGACAGAAGAGGGUCAGAGUAUCCAGGUCCUGAGUGGGAGGAAUGGUUACUUCAGGCACCAGCUGAUGCUACUAAACUCAACUUCCACAUCAAUUGUGGUUUAGAUACUAGAUAG